GCUGUAGACUGUCAGAGAAUGAACGACUGCGCUAUCACAUUGCCCGCUGAAGACAAGUGGUUGAAUUUCCGGAAUAUAAACCACAAGAAACGAGUGCCCUUUAUCGUCUACGCGGACCUCGAAUGUGUGCUGCGGAAGACGCAAUAUGAUACAGAGCAAGCGUCGUACACAUAUCAACAACAUGAGGUAUUCAGCAUCGGGUAUUACGUGCGAUGCUCGUACGACAACGCGUUAUCCGCGUACCGGUUUCGUCGCGAUAAAGAUUGCCUCGCGUGGUUCACUAAACAACUUGAAGAAUUAGCGUAUAACGUUAAGACUCGUUUAUCAACUAAUGUCCCCAUGGAAACAUUAUCGGAGGAACAAUUGGAGGCAUACCGUAGCGUGACGCAGUGUCAUAUCUGCGAUAAGCCAUUCGCAUCGGAUGACAUGCGGGUGCGCGAUCAUUGUCAUUUGACCGGUCGUUAUCGCGGUCCUGCACAUUCUCUCUGCAAUUUAAAUUAUCAAAAUGCUUCAUACAUGCCAGUUAUUUUUCAUAAUUUAUCUGGAUACGAUUCGCAUUUCAUUAUUAAGGAAAUAGCCACGGCGUUCAAAGGGAAGACCGACGUACUCCUCAUCACAAAAGAAAAGUACAUUUCUUUUACAAAACAUGUCGUAGACACAGCUGAUAAAUUAGAUCCACACAAUUACAUAAAACUACGGUUCAUAGAUACAUAUAAAUUUUUAAAUACUAGUCUCGAAAAAUUGGCAUCAUUUCUAAGCAAAGAAAAAUUAAAAAUUGUACGUUCUGAAUUUUUACACUUAUCUGACGAGGAUUUCGAUUUAUUGACGCGAAAAGGUGUAUUUCCGUAUGAGUACGUUGACUGCGUUAACAAGCUGCAGGACACGUGUUUACCGCCGCGCGAAUCAUUUUUCAGUUCCCUGACCUCUGAUACUGUAUCCGAGUGCGAUUACAUGCACGCCGAGAAUGUCUGGAAGCGAUUCAAACGUUGGGUGAAUACAGCGAUCUAUAUUUGAAAACGGAUGUGUUAUUGUUAG